AUUUACUUAUAUGCCUUUCCCUCUUUUAUAGUGUGAUAUACGCCUUCCACGCAAAGGCUACUCGGUGCCACGCUCCGGCACUGUACAGGCAACUCUGCUGAAUCCUAUGGGCACUGUAGUGCGUAUGUUCGUUAUACCGUACGAUAUGCGCGACAUGCCACCACUACAUCAAACCUUCAUAAGACAACGGAUACUGGCCGAGGCCAGCACCCACGAAGCGACGACGCAGAAUGUACAGCCACCUCAACAGUCCGUUAAUAUUGUGGAACAACAAAACGAUAGCAACGGCAUGGUCUACACAAAUGGCUUUGAAAGUAGCGCUGUUGCAUGCGGCGGUGGUGAUGAUACUUUGAACUUAAACAAUAACAACAACGACUGCUAUCAAAAUGGUAAUAACACAGUGAAUGCCAAAAACAAAUAUCGUUUAUCACCUAGUGGCGGCCUGCAUGGCGUAAGCAAUCUCGGACACUUCAUAUCCGCUGAGCAUAUGAAACGCUUACGAUAUUCCAUACAUUUAAGAUUCCAAACGUCACGCUCUGGUCGCCUAUCGCUGCACACCGAUAUACGCUUGUUGAUCUCACGUCGCACCGAUUUAGAUACGGCUGCGGCACAUGCCAAGGGCGUACUAGAGGCGCCCAAUGAUCUCGUCACCGACACCGUUAUGCCGACAAAUCCCAAAUAUAGCGCACGUCAAGACCAAAGUAACAGUAGUGGCGGCAGUGGUGGUGGUGGUAGUAGUGGAAGCAGUACAAAUGUGAUCGCCGCUGCUGCAACAAAUAGUAUAAGUACAACAGCAGCGGCUGCAACGGCAACAACAACAACCAACAACAGUAACGGUAGCGCCAGCAGUAAGAUUUAGUAGUUGGUGCGGGCAGUGCGCACACAAACGCAUCAUUAUUUUUUACUAUUUUGGAAACAAUUGCGUUUACGUUUGCAACAUUGGCACUGCAGUUAUAAUUAAGUGAUGGAGAAGCGGGAGCAGAAGGAGGAGGAGGAGGAGGUGUAGGUGAUAUAGGAGAGGAACAGUUGAUCAGAAGUUGAUGAUGGAGUGCAGACAGCAACCAAAGCAGAGAAACAAAAUAAAACUGAAAAGCAAUCAGCAA